AUGUUGGAGCAUGAAGAUGUUAUAGCUGUGCACAAGGUGUUUGAAGUGAAAUCUUCUGUUUGCGGCAGGGCGGCAAAUGCAACAUCCAAGAAAGAAACUCUCGGUGAGUGCAUGGGCUGUGCGGAGGUUGUGCCGAGAGACGGAAAGGCCAUCGUCUGCAUGCAGAGCCAUGCCAUCUGUCAGUCCUGCAGCGGAACUUACAUCAACAACAUCCUCGAGAACCCAGAGUACAACCUCCCUCCCAAGUGCCCCAUCUGCUCUCUGGAGCUGAACGUGAAGGUUUCUCCACAUGUCGCUCCCUCAGCGCGUCCUGACCUUACCCACUUGCAGACAAUCGAGAGGUGCCUCAACCCUUCUCAGCUCGAGAGGUUCGAGAACCUGAUGCUCGUCUACGUUUUCGCAACCACCCUGACGACCGAGGAUGAGAAGCUGUUUCGCUGCCCCUUCUGCCCGUACUUCGAGAUUCGCGCCAUGUCGGAUGGAGCCAUGUUCAUGCGCUGCCAGGCCGUGAACUGCAUGAAGGCUUCCUGCACCACCUGCAAGCUGGAAGUCCCCCAGCUGGAUGCGAACUACCAGCAUCGUCGGCAGUCAGCAAGGAAGCUGGGAGAGAUCGAAAAGCACUACGCGUGUGCUCAGAUGAGUGUUCAGAAGCACAAGGUGGAGAGGGCGCUGGAGAUGGGGCUCAACGUGCCCUGCCCGUCCUGCGGCAUCUCCGGCAUGAAGGACGACAACUGCACGCACAUGCGCUGCCUCAACUGCAACGAGUUCUGGUGCUACUUCUGCGGCAAGAGAGAGCAGGACCUCAACAAGAGCAGCACCAGCCAUGGCAUCUGGGCGCACAACGUUGGCUGGCCCAACAGGCUGGGAGAGAGAUGCCCCAUGUACCUGAGCCAGCUCCACGAGACCCACGACUGGCCCACGGACGAGGAUGCUUGCCUUGCGAUGUACCACAGGAUCAGGACUGCGUCCUUCUUGAAGCAGGUGAUGGACGAGCUGGGCAGCGAAGCUUGCGAGCAACUUGACGAGCAGUUCUCCAUUUUUAAGGCGAGCGGGUUCUCUUUCCAGGAGAUUCAGGAGCUUUCGUCGAACAGGUUGAGUUCAAUCUUGACACAUGGAUCCAAGGUCGAAUGA